GCCUCUCUCACUGCCAUUCCUGUCCUUGAAGCUGAGGCAUCCGGGGGAGCCAAGAACACCCGUCGCCCGCUUCCGAGAUGAGGCUGGAUCCUUGAAGCCCGCUGGCCGCCUUCGCCGUUCGCCGUUCGCCUCCGGGAAGGAAAUGAGGUGAGCCAGGUCGCGCGGCACUUUCCAGCAAGCUUCCGAAGCCUUGUGAUUCGGCUGUAGCAGGCUUCUAGCCAUGGAGGACGAGCGAAAAGCUCCGAGCUUUCUCGAUGCGCCGCCCAAGGAUAUCCCAAUCGCCACCGCCAAGCCGCUCACCAUCCGGACCAGCGCCGCCGCGUCCGGAUGCGGCGGCUCCGACCGCUCCUGCCCCAUCUUGCCGGCCAUCUCCAUCACGCCGCACCUCUACUCGCCGUCGCCGCCGUCGUCCGCGUUCGUGUCCGCGCUGCAGUCCCCGUACAUCUCGCCCCGGGUUCUCGACCCGCCGCCUCCUCCUCCUCCUCCGCCGGAGCCGGCGCCUCAGCCGCGCCAGGAAGUCAGGACCACCGCCGGCGCCAGCGCCAGCACCACCGCGGCGCCGUCGCCGACGUCGUGCUCCAACGGCUCCCACUCGGAGGAUAUCGACGCGUCCCGCACGCCGCCGUCCGAGCGCUACGACUACAGCGGCGUCGACGCGGCCAAGAUUUCCGACGGCAGCGGCUGCGGCGGCGGCGGCGGCGCUGGGCUCCUGCCGCCGCGCGCGUCGUUCUCGUUCCCCGUGCCGCGGGUGUCCUUCACCAGGGGCUCGGUCGCGUCGCCGUCCUCCAACGCCAAGCUCCGCAGCUGCGACGUGUACAUCGGCUACCACGGCAGCGGCGGCCUCUCCAGGUUCUGCAAGUGGCUCAAGUCGGAGCUCGAGUUGCAGGGCAUCGCCUCGUUCGUCGCCGACCGCGCCAAGUACUCGGAUUCGCAGAGCCAUGAGGUUGCCGACCGGAUUAUUUGCUCCGUCGCGUUUGGCGUCGUGGUGGCCACCGUGUCGAGCUUUCUCAACCCGUUCAGCCUCGAGGAGAUCAGAUUCUUCGCUCAGAAGAAGAACCUGGUGCCCAUACUGUUCGACACCGAGCCGGCAGAGAUCGCCGGGCUUUUCGAUGGUAGACUGGAGGAUAAGGAAGCGAAGGAGGCGUUCGAAGGGCUGAUGCGGUGCCACGAAUUCAAGCUCGAGGCGAACGAGAGCGAUUCAAGAGGCUGUGUGUCGAGGACAGUCACACUGCUUCGGUCCAAGCUUGGGCGGAAGAACAUCGCCGAGAAGGAGAGCGAAGCCUCUGAUGGCCUGCCUUUUCCGCGCAACCGGCAUUUUGUGGGAAGGGAGAAGGAGCUGAGCGAGAUCGAAGGCAUGCUCUUUGGUUCGACCGCCGCGGGUAUCCAGGAAGUGGAUUGCCCGAGGGCUUCCAGUACAAAUGAGAGAUCGAGCGGCGUAUCUGAUGGAUUUGCUGAUGAGGACAGUGACACCGCGAGGAAAUCUAAUGCCAGGUACAUCAGUUUGGAGAUGCGCAAGUGCAAGGAACCCACGCUUGAGGCUUGGAUUGACCCAGUGAUCGAGUUACCAUCUGGUAAAAGCAGAAGCCUGCAGAGGCAGAGAUCAAGGCACAGGAGGUCAAGGUUUCGGUGCAACAGCAAGGGCUAUAGCGGCGGCGCCAACAUAGUCUGCAUCAAUGGUUCUCCGGGCAUUGGCAAGACUGAGCUGGCAUUGGAGUUUGCUUGCAGGUACUCACAGAGGUACAAGAUGGUGCUGUGGAUUGGAGGCGAAGCUCGGUAUCUGAGGCAAAACAUACUCAAUGUAUCCAUGAAUCUGGGACUGGAUAUCAGUGCUGAGGCUGAGAAGGAGAGGGGCAGGAUCAGGAGCUUCGAGGAACAGGAAUUCGACGCGUUCCAGCGGGUGAAGAGGGAGCUGUUCCGCGACGUGCCCUAUCUGCUCAUAAUCGACAAUCUCGAGAGCGAGAGGGAUUGGUGGGAAGGCAAGGACCUCCAUGACUUCAUUCCAAGGAACACCGGAGCAACACAUGUCAUCGUGACAACACGUCUUCCACGCGUGAUGAACCUCGAGCCGAUGCAGCUGCCGCAGCUCUCGUACAUCGAUGCGAUGGCCUUGAUACAGGGGAAGAGAAAGAAGGACUAUCUGCCUGAAGAAGCCGAAGUCCUCAGGAAGUUCGAUGAGCGGUUAGGCAGGCUGAGCUUUGGCCUGUGGGUUGUCGGUUCGCUGCUUUCUGAGCUCAUGAUCGCUCCUUCAACUCUGUUUGAGGCCGUUGAUCGAAUAUCGCUGAACGAGAAUCUGUUCCCCAUUGGCGCCAACGACGAUGGAUUCUGCCGCAACAAUUCUUUCUUGGUGAAGGUCUUGGUCUUCUGCUUUGCUCUGAUGGACCGAGCAAAAGGAGGAAGCCUUACGUCAAGGAUGGUCAUCGCUGGUUCUUGGUUAGCUCCAACUCCUGUAUCGUCCACGCUACUAGCUGCAACCGCGAGCAAGCUACCGAUGAAAGGCAGUGGUAUGCACCUGUUUGGUGAAUCUCUCAGGACUGCAUUUCUAUGUGGCACACAUUGUUUCCUAGCUCCAAACGGGCGGAAGGCUGAGGUGGAGUCGGCGCUCUUGCUUGUCAACCUUGGGUUGGCAAGGAAGGCAAACAGGCAUCCUGGUUGCUGGAUCCAGUUCCAUCCUAUCACGCAGCUCUUCGGCAAGAUCAGGGGAGGUUUGGUGCCUACGACUGCAGCAGUGAAUGGAGUGAUGAGGACUGGAAACCCCUCGGUAUACUCUGACCACUUGUGGGCUAGCGCGUUCCUCGUGUUUGGUUUCAAGUCCGAGCCGCCCGCCGUCCAGCUUAAGGCGGUCGACAUGGUCCUCUUCAUCAAGAAGACGGCGCUGCCCCUCGCGGUCGACUCCUUCAUGUCGUUCUCGCGGUGCGGCUCGGCUCUGGAGCUGCUCAAGGUGUGCACGAACGUCCUGGAGGAGGUGGAGAAGUCGUACGCGUCGCGGAUGCAGGACUGGAGCCGCGGGUCGCUGUGCUGGAGGAAGAAGCUGCAGCCGAACCACCGCGUCGACGAGCUCGUCUGGCAGGAGGUGACGCUGCUCAAGGCGACGCUGCUGGAGACGAGGGCGAAGCUGCUGCUCCGCGGCGGGCUGUUCGACACGGGCGAGGAGCUGUGCAGGACCUGCAUCAGCAUCCGGACUGUCAUGCUCGGCCACGGCCACGCCCAGACGCUAGCUGCUCAGGAGACGCUGGCAAAGCUGGUCAGGUAUAGGAGCAAAAUAUGAGAUGAGAUGAUGGUGUCCAAGACCCUUUGCAAGCUUCUUCCCCCCUGCUGUUUCAGAAGUUUUCACGCCCCCAUUUUUGUUCCUGAAUCUGUUAUGCCACCGGCUACAGUUUUGUUAGCGAUCAUCAGUAUAAUAGCCAAGGUCCAUGAUGCCAUGUGUAACUUAUUUUAGAGCAGGUGCCAUAUGUAAGUGGAGGUGUUAUGUACAGUGCAGUCCAUCUGCUAUUUGGUAGAACUACCAUUGAGCUUCCCAUGCUGAACUUUCAGAAUUG